AUGGCGUUGCUUCCGAAUACGACUACUAGCAAUGUGCCCACCGACGUGGUCGCGGUGCCCGCGGCGCUCGUCGACGCGAUCCAGGACAACAUGGAGACGACCUUCGGGGCCUAUCUCGUCUGCACGUGUUUGGGGUGCAUAAUGUUUGGCUUGACCACCCACCAGACCUAUCGCUACUUCCGUCUCUAUCCUACUGAUAUGACGGCGCUGAAGGUGCUGGUUCUUACUGUCCUUGUUCUUGAUAUUACACAUACUAUCACCAGCAUACAUGUCUGCUACUUUUACCUUGUCACCAAUUACUUCCAUCCAGAGCGUCUCCUCGACGGAGUGUGGUCCAUUCGACUUAUUAUCCUUGAGAUGGGUGUCCUGAUUCUCGUCUGCCACCUAUUCUUCGCUCGAAGAUUGUUCCUGCUUGGGAACCGCAACCUGAUACCGGUGGUCAUCAUUGGCCUUCUCCUGCUCUUAGAGAUGGGCUUCUGUAUGGCGGCCGUCAUUGAAUCAUUCCUCAAAGUCUCCUUCGCGAACUUCGAGAAGUACCCAUGGUUGAUCUGGACCAUCCUUGCUCUCGCGGUUGCGGUAGACGUGGUAGCCACCAGCACACUCACGUACUAUCUGCGACAAAGCCGAACCGGCUUCAAGCGGACUGACUCGAUGGUGGAUAUCUUGAUGGUGUACGGGAUCAACACUGGUCUUUCCACGAGCGUGGUGACACUUGCCGCACUCAUAAGCGCAAUUGCGCUGCCAAACAGUCUGAUCUACACCGCCAUCAUGGUCGUCGGGACGAAGAUGUACGCCAACUCAUUGCUUGCAGUCCUGAACUCCCGCCGCUCGAUCGUCGAUCGAGGCAUGGAGGGCUUCGAAACCGGCUCGUUUGGGCUUAAGGUCGUCGACCCGCGCGACCUGCAGGUCGAGCCGCGUGAGUUCCACGCGAUCAGCUUCAAGACCCCUGUAUCCCAGAAGCAGAGGGCACGUCCCGUUCUCGGCGUCAAGGUGACGACGGAAACUUUCGUCGACGUCGAUGGGCAUGAAUCGCGCGAGAACGCGGCGGUAGAGGACUGA